AUGCUAGAUGGUGCACCACACCACUACCUGGCUGACACCCAGGAUUCUCUCAGUGACUGCUUUUGUAGUGCAGCGUCGGCUGCUGGGGCGUCCUCCGGCUCCCUCGUGCUGGAAACGGCACACAGCUUCCUGGCAAGUGGUCAGUGUAAAUCCCGACGGCACACCGAGGCGGAGCCUGGCGGGCUAGCGAGCCGUGCUGCUGCCGCCCCCGCCGCCGCCCCCGCCGCCUCCCAGGCAGGCAGUCCUGCAAAGCCGCUAAUGGGCCGCCGCGCCGCGAGGCUAAAAGCGGAAACAGCUCAUUUGGUCCGCGGCGGGUUCCAGCCGCGCCUUCCGACUUCGCUGCCGCCCCCAGGGCAGCAGCAGCAGCAGCAGCAGCCGUCGCCGCUACCACGCCGACAGCCCGUCCCGUUGAUGCCUCCCGCGCAGCUUCAUUCGGGAGCGCCCCAGGUGCUCGCUCUGGCGCCUGCGGUCCCUCUUCAGUCGCCACCGCCUUCGGAGCUGAUGGACGUCGACCCCCCAGCCGGGCCGCCUUCCCAAGCGGUGGCUGUGCAGCCUGUCCUGCAGUCGCUUUCCUUGGGCACCCCCAAGGAGUCUGACACCGCAGCGCCUUGUCCGGCGCCCAAUCAGCAGCCGUCGACGCAGCGUCAGGAGACGCUGCCUCUCUUCGUGGGUCCCGACGCCCCGUCGCGUCCAGUACCAGAAGCUGCGCCCGUGGUCACAGGCAUAUCACCAUGA